AGGAGGAGAGGGCGCUGCUGCUGCUGCUGGACAGACAGACACAGGAGAAGCGCUGCAGGUAGGAGCUGCGGGGGGAUUGCAGGGAUGAGGGAAGACUCCUACUUCUCUGGGAUGAGGGACCACGGUUAUUUUGCUUGCAUUGUCAGGGGGAGAGAGUUUCUGCUGCUCUGCCCGGUCCACAGAAACAAGGAGUUGUCCAGAUUCCUGACAGAAGAUUUUCAGGGCAUCACAGAUUUCAACGAUCUUCCCACCUCCUUGUUCGCCUGCAAUGUCCACCAGUCCGUGUUUGAAGACGGGAGCAGCAAGGAGAAAUUUGAGGGUCUGUUCAGAGCGUAUGAUGACUGUGUCACCUUACAGCUUUUCAAGAGCUUCCGGAGAGUACGGAUCAACUUCAGCAACCCUAAGGCGGCGGCGCGGGCGAGGAUAGAGCUUCAUGAAACGCAGUUCAGAGGGAAGAAACUAAAACUAUACUUUGCACAAGUCCAGACGUCAGAGACAGGCGGAGACAAACUCCACCUGGCACCCCCACAGCCCGCAAAACAGUUCCUCAUCUCACCCCCUGUAUCGCCCCCUGUUGGCUGGAAGCCGAUAGAUGAUGCCACACCAGUAAUCAAUUACGACCUCCUUUAUGCGGUGGCAAAGCUUGGGCCAGGUCAGAAGUACGAACUUCACGCAGGAACAGAGUCCACCCCCAGCGUUGUCGUCCACGUGUGUGACAGUGACUUGGAGGAAGAAGAAGACCCAAAGAUUUUACCCAAACCUCGAAUCAUCCCCACGCGGCGCCCUGGUUUGCCCCCAACCAAAUCCAAGUGACGCGUCCCCAUAGCACAGUGUUACAGUACUCCUCAUGACACAGAUUAAUUUCCUCUUUUCUUCCUUUAGAAAGUAGGAUUUUCUCAUUUUUAUAGGGAUGUUAUUGCCACGCGGUACUAUGAGCAUGUGACCAUGACAGGCGUAGCUACAUCAUCAUAAAGGGACGCCUUGUGAUACCGCAAUCUUACCAGUCCUUCCGAUACGGGGGGUCAUUCCGAGUUGAUCGCUCGCUGAUGAUUUUCGCAGCACAGCGAUCAGGUGAAAGAAAUGGGAUUUCUGCGCAUGCGUAUGCCCCGCAAUGCUCACGUGCAACGUACGGGUACAAAGCUCUUUGUGGUUGUGCUCAGGUUCUAGCGAAGUUUUCAUUCGCACGACAGGAAGGGGGCGUUACUGGGUGUCAACUGACCGUUUUCAGGGAGUGUUUGCAAAAACGCAGGCGUGUCUGAAAAAACGCAGGCGUGGCUGGGCGUUCGCUGGGCGGGUGUAUGACGUCAAAUCCAGACACGAAUAGGCUGAAGUGAUCGCAAGCACUGAGUAGGUUCAGAGCUACUCUAAAACUGCACAAACAGUUUUUGUAGAGCUCGGCUGCACAUGCGUUCGCACUUCUGCUAAGCUAAAAUACACUCCCCAGUGGGCGGCGGCAUAGCGUUUGCACGGCUGCAAAAACUAGCUAGCGAGCGUUCAACUCGGAAUGACCCCCACUGUACCGCAUGUGUUCUUAAAGGAUGGCAUUUCUCUAUUGAAUUAAAGUCGCAUAUCAGAAAGGCAAAAAAGAGCAUUGUUCCCGCUCGUUGCCACCAAUGCAUUGAUGCGUUAUGGAUACACAUUGCAGCACUCGCAGAUCCAGAUGGAAAGUGCAGCACACUACAUUUUUGUUACCGCUAAAUGUAAUGUGAAUUAAGCACUAAUUAGAGAACUCAAAGAGCAUUACAAAUGCAUUGGUGCAAACGAGCCUUUCCUAAUUGUUUUGUGUAUUGUUUGCAUAUCAGGUUAUUUUUGUCGCACGGCGUAGACACACUCAUUGUUUUGUACAGUUAAAGUUGUGUGUUUCAUGUCCUCGAAGCAGACCGGACCCCCGUGCUCAACAGAAGCAGCGUUUAUACGGACCAGUGCUCACCCUAUCUGUUCGCUAGGAGUUAGUGACCGUGCCUCGUGCCUCAGUGAUGUCACAAGUGUGAAGUGAAUGGAUAGGCUGAAAUAUCGGUCCAUGAAAAGCCUUCUUCUGGUGCAGGGAGGUGACCCGUCCAAUUUACUAAUCACUAACUGGUCAUAGAACCUAAGGGAUCUGGGUGGCUUUCAUCUACUUUUAUUUCCCAGUAGUAACUUAAUGAUUCAGUUCUUCUGUGUCGCUCUCUGUCUAGGGAACCACUUGUAUAUAUCAGGUUACUAAUCUGCACAAAGUUGGAUGGGAGUCUGGCCGUGUGGGCAUUUGGCUGCACAAGCACAGUCCACAUCCACAAAGAAUUAUUUUAAUAUACGUUUCCAGCAGUGACCACAUGACUAAAGAUAAAGUAGCGCCUCCUCAAACAUGGACACUUUCCGUCAGCACUGACCCAACAUCCAAUUAAAAAAAUAAACCUUACUACUGUACAUGUUUAGAUGAGAUGUAUUUUCCUAAACAAUUUAUUUACUAGUAGUUUUGGACCCAUUUUAUGACAUCAAUGCCCCCUACCAGCUAUACUUAACCCCAUUGCCGGAGUAACCGGCUCUCCUGUCCUAGUGGUCUGCCCCAUCUCACUCACCUGCUCUCACUGUUCAUGAUGGAAAUGGGACAUCUGUUAUUAAAUAGAUUAUGCAGGACACAAAUAGAGGUAUUUCGGCUAUAUUGGGCAAUUGAUCAGAUAGCGCAGCAUUGAAACGGCUUCUGUCCCCCAAGGAAAUUGAUUGGACCUUUGUCAAGCAUGUCAGUAAGUGAAAUUGGAAUGAUUGGUCAGAUCUCAUCCAGGGUGAGAUGUAUCAAGCCUUGGGGAUAGCGUGGAGAGAGAUAAACUACCAGUCAAUCAGCCCCUGUCAUUUUUUAAACACAGCCUGUAGCAUGGCAGUUAGAAGCUGUCUUUAUCUCUCUCAACUUUAUCUCCAAGCUUUUGUACUACCUCAUCUGUCCGGCCUCUGAAGUGAAGGUGGCCUUAAAUCAUGUAUGACCACAAAAAAGUAUUUAGGGUCUUCAAAGAUGUUCAAGGGAAUGUUAUCCAGGUUACUUUUACUAUCGUGUACCUUAUUUACAUCCCCCCCAUUGUCUGCUUUUAAUUAGCAUUGCCCCAAUAUAGCCUUUUGGUGAGGAACUAAUCAGCAUGUGCUGAGGAACCUGUACCACAUGAGAACAAUUUGUCUGUAGAAAUUGCAUGCUGUGUCUUAUGCCGGGCAUACACUAUACAAUUAUCUGGCCGAUCCGCUAAUUAUUGGUCUGUUUUGCGGGCUGAAAUUGUACAGUAUGUUCCAAAGAACCGAUAAUUAGCCAACUGCAUCUGGCAAUGCCACUUCCCAGGUUUACAAAAAACAUUUUUGUCAUGGAUUCUACUCGGCUCAGCUCCCCAGCUGGCAGCCCUGUCACCCGUAGAACAUAUCCGGUUGUCCAUCCAUUAUUUUUGAGGUAAAAUACAAAAUAAUUAGGGUGUGAAGCAUCAUAAAUAGUUUUAAAUUAAACAAAAAUGUACCUCUGAUGUUGGUGCACUUAGAGAGCGACUGUCAGCCUCACACAGCUGGGACAGCCAUUUUGUGGACAAAGUCAAAACAUGAGGAUACGGCAAAUGACAAAGGAGCACUUGGUCAUGAAUGUUGGUCACGGAAUUCCUCAGUGUCACUGGGAACUAAUGAAAAUAUUGGCUGCAUUAUGAUUCAAUAUUGGUUCGGCCCACAAAAUGAUCAACUUCACUGUGUGUAAGAAGCCAUUUUGUUUUUUAGCGAUGUCACUGGAUCCUAAUGAAAGGAUUGCCUGCUGACAUGUACCAAUUGGUUCUGCCCACAGAAUGGCAGAGUUCGCUGUGUGUAGGUGACAAGUGCCCUUGAAGACAAUUGUUCUUGACUUUGCGGCCAUAUUAUAGAAGCAAUAUAGCCAUUUUAUUGGCUGUCGCACAGUGCAGUUUGUAGCUGAGGAAAAUGUCAGUUUGUUCUAAUAGCAGCUAAAAGGUAAUCAUUUGAAAAGUAAAAAAUUAAAAUUUACAAAGCCAAAAAAUGCAUUUGUAAAUAUAUUAUUACAGCAUGAUCUUAGCAUUUCAGCAUAGAGCAGCGAGUGAUAGUGUUGAUUUGCUAAAACUUCCAUUUUGCAAAGAAGUACCAUUGGGGUUAUGGGCGACUGAAGUAGUAAUCUAACUAGAAUAUAGGGGGCAGUAAUGAAAGGCAGCUUAUCAGGCGGUGAGAUACAAUCAUUAUCUGUAUUUCUGUGGUAGCCACUAUAACAUUCUCUGUCCGAAUUGCCAUUAUACUGUCACGCGCACACCAUUUGGCAUGUUCCAGGUUCUCAGCAUGGCAGAAAUCAUGUUGUGUACAAAAUUAGAGUGGUCAGUCUUUGUUAAAACAGUACAAGUCUUUGUUAAUCAUAUCCCAACGCAUUUCACCGUAGCCUAAAAUGAAUGCAGAUUGUUAUUAGAUACAGACAAAAUGUGUUCAAGCAAAUGCAUUUUUUUGUACAUUUGUAUAAUCGCCUGAGUAUGGUGUUUUGUAUAAAUUAGUUACAAUUUGAGUAGAAAAAAAUAAUAAACUCUGAUUAUUUA